UAGAAGUAAGAACGCGUAUUUUUUAUUCAGGAAAGUUACAUAAUAGACAACUUUAGAAUUCGAUGCAUUUCUUAUAAUUGACAUUCAUCACUCAUCACUGCUGUCAUUGGGGAAUUGUGAUUAAGUAUCUAUGGAACAUAAAUUAUUUUUAUCCUGCAUAUUGACGAUCACUAAGAUGCUUGAUAAACGUAAAUCGUGCAGGGAUACAGGCGAUUCCUUCUAUCUGACAAACGACGUCAUCAUAGCGCGCAUAAUGGACGAUUUUUAUCGUUGGUCUGUGUAUUCAUAUCAUAUCAUGAUCGCCUUUAUAUAGUCCGUUUUAUAAUUUUGACACAUUUUGUAGUUAACUCAUCACAUGUUUUAAGACUUUUGGAAUUUGCUGAAACGUAAGCAAGGGAAUCAACAAGUUUGUGGUCAGCAACUGAAGUAAGGACAACAUUAAAGGUGGAGACUUUGGCAUUGAUAAAUGAAAGAAGAACAAAGGAAGACUAACAAUGCUUGUACAUGUAGUAAUACCAAUUCUACUUUUAACAACAGCUAUUAAAAAUGUCGAACCAGCCUACAGUUAUGCAUUGGAAGAUAAUUUGAGAACGUCCCUUGGUAUCGGAACAACCUACAAUCUUUUUGUCAGACCUUUAGCUCAAGUAAAUGUAACUGUGGCGCUUAAUAUUAUUACACUUAAUUCGUUGAGUAUAAGUGACCAGUCGAUGUCAAUAGCUGGAUAUCUGACAAUGUUUUGGGAUGAUCAGAGGUUAGACUGGUCACAAGAUGCCACCUAUAAUACAAAUAUACCGGCUAUUUACAGUAACGAAGAAUAUAUAUGGCGACCGGCUCUUAUAAUUGAAAAUUCCGUGAGCGAUAUUUCGAUAGUGAGUGACGAUAAUGUCCUGAUGAAAGUUCAAUCGAGUGGCUCUGUCAUUUGGACACCCUCUGGAAUCUACAAAACACACUGUGAGACAGAUGUGACAUAUUAUCCUUUUGAUACCCAAUCAUGUGAUGUGAUUAUUACCACGUGGGGUUAUACGUCAAUAGAGAUAGCACUAUAUGUUGCGCAGGAAGCUGUUCGUUUGGAAUACUACAAGGAGAAUGGAGAAUGGACAUACCAAGGAUUUUCAGCCUUUACGACUUCAAAUUCUAGAGAAGGUUCUUCUACACCAGAAAUAACGUUCACAUUAACGUUCAAACGUAGACCAGUGUUCCACGUGUUGAAUUCUCUGAUUCCAAUGGUUCUGUUAGCGUUCCUGAGUUCUAUGGUAUUCAAACUUCCUCCAGAUUCGGGAGAGAGGAUAGGAUAUUCUCUAACUGUGCUACUAGCAUACGCUGUCUAUCUCACUAUUAUAUCUGACAACAUGCCGUCCUCCUCAAGUUCUACAUCUGUUUUAACUAUUUACUUACUGUUUGUCCUAGCUUUAGGUGUGCUGUCCGUCAUCAUAACUAUAUAUGUAUUAGAUUGUCAUCAUAAAGACGAAAACGUCCCAGUUCCCAAAUGGCUUAUGAGGAUGUCGACUAGCUGCUUGGCUAAAUUUGCAUGUUGGAAAGAUAAUUCAUGUUUGUGUGGACGAAAAGUGCAACCAUAUGGGGAAGCUAAAGAAAGUAUACCGGAAACCACGGAAAAGCAUUCUGGGGAAUUAGAUUCCUUGACAUGGAAAGAUAUUAGUCAAAUAUUAGAUGGAUUUUUCUUGAGAUUGUAUUUACUUAUCAUUUGUUUUAUGACAUUUAUAUUGUUUAUGACAUUAGUGAUUGGAUAUUAUAUCAAGUAAUCAUACUGUACAUUUUCGAUAUUUUAUAAAAAAAAUCUUUGAUCUUCACGAAUGCGUAUUUCAUUUCUUGUAACAUGAGAGUGUGAUAUAUAAAAAUAUCGCUAA